CCUAUGACGGAAUCAAAAUGACUUGUAAUAAAGACCGGGGGAGUAAGAAACAAGUAUUUCAUGUAUUUUGUACACCAAUUAGGUAUGCAAAAAACUAAAUAAAAAAAAUUGACACUGAUUUGCCCGGAAAAUCUUGUCCCAUUUGCCAUGAAACUCCAGUACAAAAUCAAUAAGAUAUUGCAAAGAGAGAAACUCGCAAGCAACAAGAACUCUCUACAGCAUAACAUACAAAUAUUUUUGUUGCAUGCUGGUUGUGGUUGGUGAUAGCCUUUGCUGCUUGGGAAACUUUCUCCUUCUUCUCUUCAGCAGAAAGCAAAAGCAAUUUUCCUUUGUUUUUCCAAACCUGGAGAAAAAAUGGUGAAUUUUGGCUCAUCAAAGGAGAUGAGAAAGUUAAUCUCUGUUUUACUCAACAUGUUGUUCUUCUUGUUGUUCAUCUUCUACACCACCACCAAUUACAAUAGUUCCUCCUCCGGCAUUUCCCCUGAAUUCAAAGUUUCAACUCCUGGAUGGAUUCCGGAUGACUGUUCAGGUGUUCAUAACUUCACCGAUUACGAAUCUCGAUGCGAAUUCGUGAAAUCCCAUGUUGCCUGCAAAGGAAAAGGGUACAUAAACUACCUCCAGAUAUUCUACUGCAAUUGCAGCAGAAUCACCGCAGUUGGGUACACUCUGCUUCUGAUUUGGCUUCUCGUGUUGUUCUAUGUUGUCGGAAACACAACCGCCGACUACUUCUGUCCUUCCGUCGAGCAGCUGUCGAGGAUUUUGAAACUCUCCCCGACGAUCGCCGGAACAACUCUGCUUCCGUUCGGAAACGGCGCAAAUGAUGUGUUUGCGAGCAUUAUAUCUUUCACCCGAUCCCACGAUUCCGAUGUCGGAUUCAGCAGCGUUCUUGGUGGGGCGUUCUUCAUUACUUGUUUCGUGGUUGGGAUCGUGAGUAUAUCGAUUUCUUCCCGGAGAACAACCGUGGAUGAAGGGAGUUUCAUCAGGGAUGUCCUGUUCUUCAUCUUUUCCCUCAUUUCCCUGAUGAUGAUCAUCAUUUACGGCCGAAUUAACUUGCUGGUUUCGGUUUCCUACGUUUGUAUCUACUUCUGCUACAUUGGUCUGGUUUGUGCGAUGCAAUUGUUCUAUGGUAAAAAGGAGAGAAUCGUGAAUCCUCCCGCCGCCGUUGACGGUAACAACAACAACAACAACAACAAUAUCUAUGCUCCUUUGAUGGAACCUGGUGAUGACGAAGAAACAGGGGAAUCCCAAUUACUACUUCAAAAUGUCUGUGAUCAUGGAUGUUGCAGUGAAAAGGAACAACCCAAAAAGCUAUUCGGGUUUUCGAUUUCACAAGAACCCUGUCGGUCCAUGAGGAUGUUCCUCUCUGUUCUGGAAUUACCUCUUUAUUUGCCAAGAAGACUCACCAUUCCGGUGGUAUCCGAGGAAAGAUGGUCUAAAACUUAUGCUGUGAUUUCAGCAAUUCUGGCUCCGAUUUUCCUAGCCAUCAUUUGGAAUUCUCAAUUCGAAAACAUGGGACACACGGUGAGUUUAGCCAUCUUCUUGACCGCAACUCUGUUUGGGAUCAUCCUAGGAAAUUUCGCAUUUUCAUUGACGGAUACCUCAACCGCACCAAAGGAAUGCUUAUUGCCUUGGCUCGCAGGUGGGUUCAUAAUGAGCAUUACUUGGACUUAUCUCAUUGCAUCCGAGCUUGUUUCCUUGUUGGUCUCUUUCGGCAUCAUUUUCGGGAUCAACCCUUCGAUUUUAGCCCUGACUGUUCUAGCUUGGGGGAAUUCAGCUGGAGACUUGAUCUCAAAUGUGGCAAUGGCGCUGAAAGGCGGUCCAGACGGGGUGCAAAUGGCGAUUUCGGGUUGCUACGCCGGACCGUUGUUCAACACAUUGAUUGGUUUGGGAUUGUCAUUGGUUUUUGCAUCUUGGUCGGAAUAUCCAGCUUCUUAUGUGAUCCCAAGAGAUCCUUAUCUGUAUGAGAUUGUUGGGUUCUUGAUUGCUGGAUUGCUUUGGGCUGUGGUGAUACUGCUGAAGAGGAACAUGAGGUUGGAUAGUUCUUUGGGUGCUGGACUUCUGGCUAUUUACUUUUGUUUUCUGUUCCUUAGGUUUUCAAAGGGUCUUUGAUCAUCAAUCAUCAAAAAACUAAGGGUGUAUUACUAUAUACUUUCAGAAGAAGGAGGAGAAGAAGAAAAAAAACCUGUUAGAGCUGAAAUAAUUGAAUUUUGUUUUUUCGUCAAUUAGAGAACCUUUCUUUUUUUUUUAAGUCAGUAGGUAAUAAUGAAUCGUUUAUGUUCCCGUGGUUAAUUGGAGAAUGUAAUUUUGCAAGGUUUCAUUAGCAAAUCCUUUCUCCUACAAUGAUGAAUCAAUGAAUAUUUAGAAAUCAAUGAGCCAUUUUUCCUUUUCUUUUCAUGAGUAAGUUUCGGUUUUAGUGUCAAUAAUAGUGAUUAAUGUUGUAGAUAAGUUUAUGAGAGAGACAAUUGACGAAUAGUUUUAUACUUUCAAUUGUAUUGUGUUAUGUUUUUCC